AGGGAUGAUGGGAAGCCUCCGCUUCUAGUUCGGAUGGUUGAAGACUGUGAUGACGGGAAAUUCAUGUCUGCUUUGCGCUUUUUUAAGCGUCGGGUUGCCUAUGCUAAUGUAACAUAUGAUCAUAUAGUUGGUUGGAGAACAUCGUCAAUUCGGCGUCAGCGUGAAUUGCCAAAACUUAAGUUAUCAGCAAACGAUGAAAAGUAUCCUCAUGUUAUUAAUGUCGAAAAAGGAAAUUCAGAGGAUCAUCAAAAAGAGGAGUCUGUAGAAGCUUCGCUGGCAGAUAGCUUAGAAGAGAAGAUGAUCCGAGGCCUUACACAAGUGAGCUGGGAACGUGUGGAUGUAUGCUUUCAUAAGAGCUGGCUAAGAUACAACGCCCAUAAUAACAUCCAGGUUAGGAUUCAUCCAGUUAAUUCGGAUGGAGAAGAUGUCAUAUACCAUAUGAUAGACAAUUUUCUAGUCUAGACGGCUAAGACUAGCUUUCUCGACAGCUCAUUCUGAUGAGUUCUUCAUGAGAGGGUCCGCUUUAAUCCCACCUGCUUAGAAGAAAACGGGAAGGGGAGAGCUGGUGGUUACCCGUUAAAUCAGGUGAAUUCCCCAAAAGGAACAUGAUUAACAUUCUGAAGUCGCUCUAAUUAUAGUCAAUGGGGGUCAGAGAACAGAAGUGAAAGCUUAAAAGAGAUGCCCCAAAAUCCUCUUCUGAACACCACCCCUCCUCAAGACCUUUGAGGGGAUGAUGAAUAGCCGACAUCAGAAUUGUAGGAAGUUAGCCCAGAAAACAUAGCGGAACCAAAACUAUCAAUUCAAAUAGCUUUGCUGCAUACAUCAGAGCAGGAGAAGGGGAGGCACCGUAGAAGAAGCUCGAUCAGGGGAUGGGCAAGUACAGCGACGGGAAGGACGGCGAGACCGGCGGCAGCUACCCGCUGGUGGCGGUGUGCAUCGACAAGGACAAGAACAGCCAGAACGCGCUCAAGUACGCCACCGAGACGCUCGCCCACAAGGGCCAGACCAUCGUCCUCGUCCAUGUCAACACCAAGGGCACCUCAGGAGGGGUGGAGGACGCCGCCGGGUACAAGCAGCCGACGGACCCGCAGAUGAAGGACCUCUUCCUCCCGUUCCGCUGCUUCUGCACCCGGAAAGACAUCCAGUGCAAGGACGUGGUGCUGGACGACCACGACGUGGCCAAGUCGAUCGUCGAGUUCGCCGCGCACGCCGCCAUCGAGAAGCUCGUCGUCGGCGCCACCGCCAGGGGCGGCUUCGUCAGGUUCAAGGCGGAAAUCUCCAGCACCAUCUCCAAGACGGCGCCGGACUUCUGCACCGUGUACGUCGUGACCAAGGGCGGCAAGGUGAACUCGGUCCGGCAGGCCAUCCGCCAGGCGCCGGCCGUGUCGCCGCUGCGGACCAUGAUCCAGGGCCCCAAGCCCGACCAGGUGCACGCGGCAGCGCAGAAAUGGACGCCGCCGCCUCCAUCGAGAGGUGAUGUUGCCGCGACACCGAUGAUGCAAGACAAUCCGAUCAUGUCUCCGUUCGCGAGGUCGACAGGGCUGGGCGCGGGGUCGGCGCGGAAGCCGUUCCCGGAGUUCUCGCUGCCGGAGUCGUCGGACAUAUCGUUCAUCGGCUCGGCCCCCCGGCGGAGCACGGAGCGGUACCCACUGUGCCCGCCGCGGCUGUCGAGCGGGUCGGAGGGCCUCGACCAGCACAGCUUCGAGGCGCGCACGCCCAGCCGGUGGGGCGACUCCUUCGGCAACGACAGCACGGCAGCGCACUCGCAGACCAGCACCUCCUCGUGGUGCUCCCAGCCCACGGACGACAUGGAGGCUGAGAUGAAGCGGCUGCGGCUGGAGCUGAAGCAGACCAUGGACAUGUACAGCACGGCGUGCAAGGAGGCGCUGAGCGCCAAGCAGAAGGCGAUGGAGCUGCAGCGCUGGAAGGUGGAGGAGGAGCAGCGGUCGCACGAGACGCGGCUGACGGAGGAGUCGGCCAUGGCGCUGAUCGAGCAGGAGAAGGCCAAGGCGCGGGCGGCCAUCGAGGCGGCGGAGGCGGCGCAGCGGCUGGCGGACCUGGAGGCGCAGAAGCGUAUCGGCGCGGAGAUGAAGGCGCUCAAGGAGGCCGAGGAGCGGCUGCGUUCCAUGGGCAUGGGCGGCGGGGCGCGCGAGUCCGUCCGCUACCGCAAGUACACCAUCGAGGAGAUCGAGCUCGGCACCGACCACUUCAACGAGGCCCGCAAGGUGGGCGAGGGCGGGUACGGCCCCGUGUACAAGGGCCACCUGGACCACACGCCCGUGGCCAUCAAGAUGCUCCGCCCGGACGCGGCGCAGGGGCGGUCGCAGUUCCAGCAGGAGGUGGAGGUGCUGAGCUGCAUCCGCCACCCCAACAUGGUGCUCCUCCUGGGCGCCUGCCCCGAGUACGGGUGCCUGGUGUACGAGUACAUGGCCAACGGCAGCCUGGACGACUGCCUGUUCCGGCGCGGCGGCGGGCCGGUGAUCCCGUGGCAGCACCGGUUCCGCAUCGCGGCGGAGAUCGCGACGGGCCUGCUGUUCCUGCACCAGGCCAAGCCGGAGCCGCUGGUGCACCGCGACCUCAAGCCCGGCAACAUCCUCCUGGACCGCAACUACGUGAGCAAGAUCAGCGACGUCGGGCUGGCGCGCCUGGUGCCGCCGUCCGUGGCCGACUCCGUGACGCAGUGCCACAUGACCUCCGCCGCGGGCACCUUCUGCUACAUCGACCCGGAGUACCAGCAGACGGGGAUGCUGGGCGUCAAGUCGGACGUCUACUCGCUGGGCGUGAUGCUGCUGCAGAUCGUCACGGCGCGGCCGCCCAUGGGGCUGACGCACCACGUGGGGCGCGCCCUGGAGCGAGGCACCUUCGCCGACCUGCUCGACCCGGCCGUCCACGACUGGCCCAUGGAGGAGGCGCACCGCUUCGCCGAGGUCUCGCUCCGCUGCUGCGAGCUCCGGCGCAAGGACCGCCCCGACCUCGCCACCGUCGUGCUCCCGGAGCUCAACCGUCUCCGCGCCCUCGGCGAGGACAACAUGGAGUACUGCAACCCCAUGGGCGGCCGCGGCGGCAUGCACAGCUCCUCCGCCUUCCAUAGCGGGCCCUACUCGAAUCCACGACACGAUGGGGUGAGUGAUCCAUCGCUAGCGAGGCCGCACCACAGCUCCAACGGCAGCCAGGCGGCCAUGCCGACACGGAGGCUCAACUACAACUGACUCUGACUGACUCUGACUGACUCAGAGAGAGAGAGAUCCUCUGAUCGCAUUCGAGUAAACGCCCCCUAACCAACCGAUCGCCACGGAGCAGUGCGAAACUAGCUAGUCACUGAAGAUUGAUUGAUUGGUUAGCUGAACUGAAUGUUAUCCUGGUCUGAGUAGAGUGUGGCUCCUGCAAAGUGCAAACCGAUGCAGCUAGCAGAAGCAGAGCGCCAUGGCAAUGCCAAUUGCCAAUUGCGCAUUGUUGGCGGCAAGUUCUACCCUGUGCAGUGCCUGUACUAUCUACAGUAGAUUCUUCAAAAGUUGUGCUACCUCUGUAUAAACAGCCUGAAAUUUCAAAGACAAAUUGGGUACCGACGGUUUCUCCCAAAAACCAUUUUGAAA